CGAUUGCAAAGCUCUCGAAUCCGAUAUGAGCUCGUCUCCAGAAGGUGAUGUCGCAUAAACCCCAUACACAUCCCGGCAUCCUCUUCACAAUCCAUGCUCAUUGAUUCGGGAAGAGGAGGGCAGUCAGACAGCUCGCAGGGCCCGCGCGGUGAGAGGCUUUCGUCGUCUGUUUUCCGCAUAGUCCUCGAGCCUCCUCUGUCGGGCAGGCUGUCAAGACCUCCAUCCGCCCUCCACCAAGUCUGUAUGGCGUACGGGACACCUCACCGGCGCACGACCACGCCUCGGAUCAAUAUUCACUCCCAGCCACCACCACCACCAAGGACAGUGAAGGAGAUGAAGAUAAACAUGGUACGACACGGGACACAGUCGCCGACUCCCCUUCCUCCCGCCACCGCGACUCUGGCAACAGCGAAGGGAAGAAGACACACGAAUGGCGCCCGCGAAAUCCGACAUCGACGAACCGGGAACGAAGUCCUGGCGUGAGACCGAGCAGGGGAGACGGGAGUUUUGCACGGGCGAGGGGAUCGGGUGGACGUUGAGCACGGUGAGGACGACAAGGAGUUAUGAGCCAAAAUCUCCAAUUCCUAGCGAAACCUCGGUGGUACUUCACCAGCCCGUCUUGCAAAGAUAAUUGGACCACGAGCGGUGCCUUGGACUGCAGCUGGAUCGUGAUUUACUAUGGAAUCGGCAACGCGGCAUCC